UCCCCUGCCCCUUGCAGUAACAAUGAAGGCCCUGGCGUGUGCGUCUGUGGUGGUGGUGCUGCUGCUGGCCGGCGUGCAGACUCAUUCCCACCCUGGCGGCCAUGGCCCUCCCUAUGCGAGACUGUUCUUUGACUAUUUCCUGUCUGAGUUCUGCGAGGGCAUCGAGGACACGUGCCAAGAGAACAUAUGGGACUGCUUGAGGGACAGCAAGCCCGAGCCGAUCCAAACGGAGGAGCAGCUCACCGCCCUCAAGAACAACCUGACAGCCUGCGCAGAGGGUAUGAACGACACCGACGCCGACUUCUCCGACCUCACCCUCGCCACCCUCAAGCAGCGGUCCAGGCUAGGUGAGCUCUUCAACCCUGGCUAUGGCGUUAGCAGUGAAAACGUGGGCCCCCUCAUCAGGUGCAUGAUGGAGAAGGACGGCAAGCUCGAAACCAUCAAGACCUGCACCACCGGAAUCUAAGUUCCUUCUGCUGCCGCCAGGAGUCCGCACAAACCCCUUGAAGGACUUCCGAUGAAUACACAACAGACCCAAGGAUCCCCUACAGGACCAUGAACUGAAACCCCUGCCUCUCUCUCUCUCUCUCUCUCUCUCUCUCUCUCGUUUACUUUCAAUAAGCGCAAACUAAAAAACAAAGCAGCGACAAAAUUAAGAACCAAAGAAAAAGAAGAAAAAAAAUCCAUCAACUGUGUCACCAGCUAAUUCAAUAAAGUGAAGUAGAAGAAGAUGAAAAAGAAGAAGAAGAAGAAGAAGGCGAAGAAGAAUCCAUCUUGUGUCACCAACUGGCAAAGGCUACCAGCUACAGAUGCACUAACAAACACAACAGUAAAAACAACAACAAAAAUAAAUAAACUUCACACAAUCAACUCGCAACAAAUUCAAGUCGUGAAGUUUUUUGUUCAUUGACCUUGAUCCUAUUCGCUAAAAUCACACCUCUUUCAAAAUCAAUAAACGUUAUCUGCUGCUU